GCUGCUCCGCCGCCAAAGCUCGCGCGGGGGAAGCGGGGCAGUGGCCGGGCUGGUGCGGGCGGACCUAGCAGCCAGCGAUUUCUCCCGCGGCGGCGGCGGCGGCUGCUGCGCUCGCGGGGCGCGCUCUGACCCUUCCUCUCCGGGCAGGCUCGGGGGCGCGCGCUGUCGGCGUCCUGGGACCUCGAACUCCAGGGCCUUGACUGGACAGGCCGCGGAGCUCCCACCCCUGCCCCGAGUGUGAGUCCGCCAAGACCGGGCCGCCGCCAAGCGCCGGUGCCCCAGCCUCGGAAGAACAGCCAAGCGGGUAAUGUCCUGCUUGACCUGGCAUCCAACCUCAUCUCUUAGAAGCCCUCCCUCUUGCUCUUCAUUUUCAGGAUGCUUUUUUAAGGAAUUAUUGAAGACAAAGUUUUUAUUUUUGUUCUUAAUGGCUUUACAAAAUUUUAAACCGAAUACAAUUUGACAUGACGGCAAAAAAUGUUGGUUUGAGUUCCACAAAUGCAGAAUUAAGAGGAUUUACAGAUCAGAAUCUCAGUCCGACAAAAGAUGUUGCAUUUUUUACAAAUUGAAGGCAAGACCCUCUACCAGCAGAAAGAUUACGACUCACUUUAUUGUGGUACUCACUCUAAUUGUGGUGAUUUGGAAUGAACCCUCAAUAUCUCUGAGAGAAGAAGCCAGCAAUCAAGACAGAAGAAGCCAGUGAGUUAGAAGAACCAUAGAGAAUGGUGGUUUGGAUGCCAAAUGAAGAGUGUCUCAAAGGAAGGUAACAUUUCAUUGGUUGCUUUUCCAGUUUCCAGCACCAACUCACCAACAAAGAUUUUACCAAAAACCCUAGGACCAAUAAAUGUGAAUGUUGGACCCCAAAUGAUUAUAAGCACACCACAGAGACUGACCAGUUCAGGAAGUGUUCUGAUCGGGAGUCCAUACACCCCAGCACCAGCAAUGGUCACUCAGACACACAUAGCAGAAGCUACUGGCUGGGUUCCAGGUGAUAGAAAACGGGCUAGAGAAUUUAUAGACUCUGAUUUUUCAGAAAGUAAACGAAGCAAAAAAGGAGAUAAAAAUGGAAAAGGCUUGAGACAUUUUUCAAUGAAAGUGUGUGAGAAAGUUCAGCGGAAAGGCACAACGUCAUAUAAUGAAGUAGCUGAUGAGCUGGUAUCAGAGUUCACCAAUUCAAAUAACCAUUUGGCAGCUGAUUCGCAGGCUUAUGACCAGAAGAACAUUAGGCGAAGAGUUUAUGAUGCUUUAAAUGUGCUAAUGGCAAUGAACAUAAUAUCAAAAGAAAAAAAAGAAAUCAAGUGGAUUGGCCUGCCUACCAAUUCUGCUCAGGAGUGUCAAAACCUGGAGAAAAUUCUUGAUAUCUCAGAAUUGGGACCUGAAAAUGAGCAGUGCUUUAUACCCUACACAUCUUCAUGUUAUUUUGUGACCUGUGUUUCAAAGAUAGAGAAGCAGAGGCGGAUAGAACGGAUAAAGCAGAAGCGGGCCCAGCUGCAAGAGCUUCUCCUGCAGCAAAUCGCUUUCAAAAACCUGGUACAAAGAAAUCGGCAAAAUGAGCAGCAGAACCAGGGCCCGCCAGCUCUGAACUCCACCAUUCAGCUGCCGUUUAUAAUCAUCACCACGAGCAGGAAGACAGUCAUAGACUGCAGCAUCUCCAGCGACAAGUUUGAAUAUCUUUUCAAUUUUGACAACACCUUUGAGAUCCAUGAUGACAUCGAAGUACUGAAGCGGAUGGGAAUGUCCUUUGGCCUGGAGUCAGGCAAAUGUUCUCUGGAGGAUCUGAAACGUGCUAAAUCCCUGGUGCCAAAGGCGUUAGAAGGUUAUAUCACAGAUAUCGCCACAGGACCGUCAUGGUUAAACCAGGGGCUGCUUUUGAACUCUACCCAGUCAGUUUCAAGUGUAGACCUGACCACUGGUGCCACCUUAUCCCAAUCAAGCGUAACCCAGGGGUUCUGCUUGGAUGCUGAAGUGGCCUUAGCAACUGGGCAGAUCCUUGCCCCAAACAGUCACCAGUCCAGCAGUGCGGCCUCUCACUGCUCCGAGUCCCGCGGCGAGACGCCCUGCUCGCUCAACGACGACGAGGAGGAGGAAGAGGAGGAGGACUCCUCCUCCCCAGAAUAAAGACAGGACGAAACCCACGUUUUCCUAUUGAUGCUCA